AUGCGGAACCAAGAGCAAUUCGCGGCUAUGAUGCGGAGUAGGGGGUUCCGGGACUUGAGGUUUCGGAUGAACAACUACUUCGAGUACAACCGCCAAGGGCGGGUUCGGGAACAUGAGCUGUCAGGCGAGACGCCGUGGGAUGAUGCGUUCUGGGAUCCAUCAAAGGCCCUGGCUCCUUAUGACCCGCCGCAGCGCCCACGGGUUUGGACUGAUCUCUACAACCCCUUCCAAAACGACGAUGAGGCCGUACGUGCCCAGCAGGCUGCGAACAUGCAGCCGUUCACGCGUCCCAGCCCGGAUUUUAUUCGGCCACCGAGUGGUGACGGAGGUAGGUCGGAUCUGGCGCGAUGUACACGGAUCAAGCCCAUUGCCCCGGGGCGAGAUGCACAGUAUACCGAAGGUGAUGCUGACGGUUCGGAAGACGCUGCUGUGAUAGCCUUCCGCGACAGGAUCCGAGCCCGUGGUCUCGAUAUCAGGUCGCUGCGGCAUGUGGGCAGCGGCGCCUCGUCCUUGGCUACUCUUUUUGAGUCCCUCAAACGCGCGGUGCAUGUUCUAAAAAUUCUUGAAUGGGAGACGGACAUCUUCGCCGGUGCCCCGCUCUCCGGGAAUGCGAGGUCGUUUGCUCGAGAAAUGGACAGCCGACAGGACUUGACUUACCUCGAGUUUAUGAAGGCCGGCAAUUUGACAGAUUUGAUAGGGAAAUCGGUGGCUGCAGGGGCCGCAUUUCCUAACGGUGUGCUGUGGAAGGUCUUCUUUUGCCGUAAGCGUAUCUGUGACUCAGUAUGA